AUGAACGACAUGAAGGAACUUGCAUUUCGAACAACUACUGCGGGUGACGAGGCAGUUGAGUCACCGGAAGCCCCUGAUCCCAUUGAUUCAGCGGUUACCAUCAACUUAACAUUUGCAGACCGCGAUACUAAGACGAUAAAUGAAAUACAAUUACAAGAAGGUGCGGAACUUCUAGAGAUCACCAAACUUCAGAACAUAGAGCCACGCCCAGGUGUAUUUGAUCAACCUGCCAUAGUGAAACAGGAUGAAACGGAAGAGGAGAUAGGUUUAGAUAGAUUAGCCGUGAUUUCAAAUGUACCUUACCCCUCAUUCAUUUUCAAAAUGGAUUGGGAAUAUGCGCGUAUGAACAAGGAUGAGCAAUGGGAGUUUCUAAAUUCAAUCUGUGUAUACUGGGAGACAUUUAUUGAGCCGACACAGCCUCAGAUUUUUUUGAGAAAGUUUAAUUGCUUUUCAAAAUUACCACUCGAAAUGCGUCGAACAAUCUGGUUCUACGCCCUGCCGGAACCACGCCUGGUGGAGCUGCAUAUUUUCAGAGAAUCAGAUCAUUUUCUUUUUUCCGGAGGCUCUGAACUUGUGUCCGCUGAGAUUUGGCGUGAUAAUGCGGGGUUCGUUCCAAGCCAACUUUUACUUGUCUGUCGCGAGUCACAUGAUUUGUUCCUCGAACACUAUAGCAUUAUGGAUCUUCAGAGCCUGCCCGGCGAUGAAGUUAUAUCAGAUGCCACUACCGAUUCCAGUAACUCAACAUUUCAUGCAUCGUCAAGUGGCUACAUUGACAAUAAGAGCGAUACGUUGGUCAUUCGCGACUUGCACGAAUUGGCGACGGACUUACUGUUCUUCAACAUGCACUUGAACCUCAUUUUUUUCGACUCGAACAAUGGACGAGGGAUCUUCGGAGGGCUGCCCUCUCAUCCAUGGAAGGAUAUCGAAACACUAUUUCCGCACUUGAAGCAAUUAACUUUCAUAGGAAACACUUGCAGAAAUGACAGAUCUGUUGACCAAGGAGAAAUUGACUUCAACCCGCUGUCGAUCAACUGCUUGCAUCCUGUAAAUGCUGAUACUAUCAGUGUUCUGGUAGAGUGUGUUGAGAAGGUUCACUACCGCUUGAAUCCCGAAGAAUGGGUUCAAGAACCAUCUGUUACGGCUCAAUUGGCGCUAGACAGUUGCAUAGUCUACAAAAGUCAGUAUCUGGAGCGAGUUCAAAUUAACCCGAGUUAUUGGGGAGGGAUUGAGUUUGAGACAUCAAUCCUCCUCGAUUUUCAGCCAGACCACGACUUCUACAUCAUAAACAGAAGUUCCAAUCAAAAAGACCCAGGAGGUAAUUCACGCUCACUGAUCACUCGCUCUGAAAGUUGCCGUGGUACCAUAAGCCUAUAUUUUGACCAUUGGAAGGAUAACUUGCCAGUAUACUACGAUGGAUCAUUUUACAAAAGUUGUGGCGAGAAGGAGCAGCAUGAGGGAUAUGAAUCGGCCACAAGAUAUGACUAUGAUAAAUGGCCAUGGAAUGAUCUUAAAAAUUUCACAGUCCGCAAGUGA